UAGGUCUAAUAACAGCGCAGUAUUAUUUCCCAUGAAGUACGAACAACUUCAGGAAUAGUCAAGAGAAUGUUUUCUUUCUUACUCUUCGUUUUAUUUUCAUGCAGCAGUUAUAUUUACUGUAUAGAAGUUUGUGAAGAUUUCAAAUAUUAUGUCAAACCUGACGAUAAACAUUGUCACGAUAAUCCUGACGGUGAAAGAAAUUUGACGGAAAUAUUAAAGAAUUGGAAGGGCGUUACAGUCGAAGAACACAAUAUUUUCACUAAAGAUGGAUAUCAGAUUUUGAUAAAUAGGGCAUAUACCCAUAAGGAUAAAAAUCCAGUUGUGCUGGGGCCCGGCGCAUUUUUUACGACCUUAGCAUUUGCCAACAGAGGAAACAAGUCUCUAGCACACCAUCUCAUACUUGAGGGUCACGACCUAUGGAUAGUCAAUUUUAGAUCAGGUCCUUACAGUAGAGGGCAUAAAAGCCUUAAAGAUACAGAUGAAAAAUAUUGGCAAUUCAGCCUUUACGAAAUGGCGGUAUAUGAUUUGGACUCUGCUUUGGAACUUGUUAUGGAAAAAGCUGGCAAAAAAGGCAUUUACAUAGGACAUGGAGGUGGAAGCACAAUAGGAUACAUAUACAGCUCGGUUAAAGUAGAGGCAGCCCAAAGUAAUUUAAAAGGAAUAAUUGCAUUGGGACAUUUGGCUUACAUGGAUGGAACUAAAUCAUAUUUAAGGUUUCUUCUGCCACUAGUAGAUUAUCUUAAGCCAGUGAUUAAUCAGAGGUUACACGGCGAAUUUCCGUUGGACUGGGGAGAAUUAAAAUGCGAAUCGCUCCUUGAUUACUAUACGUACGAAAUCGGAAAGGUGCCAAUUUAUGGCGAUGAUUUUGCCGAAAUUGAUCCAGUUUAUCUUCCAAUAAUGCGGACUCAGAAUAAGCAAAAAAGUGUUGGAGUUAACGUCCUGAUACAUCUUUACCAAAUUAUGAAGUCGAAGAAAUUUCAAGCCUUUGAUUUUGGAGCAGCUGUUAAUCAACAAAAAUAUGGCCAGUCAACCCCACCAGAAUACAACAUCUCUGCCAUACCAGUUCCUGUAACAAUAUUUUUAGGAAAUAACGAUUGGAUAGCAACAAACCCAAAUGCCCAACGAUUUUAUAGUCAACUAAACCCAGAUGUACAAUGUGGAUAUAAAACAGUAGAGUGCAGUAAAUGGAAUCACAAUGACUUCAUAGAAGCUAAAGACAUAGAACUAUUUUUGUAUGGGCCACUUUUCGAAGCAAUUGAUAAUAUGAGCUUCGGGAUGUGUGUCAAAUAAUUGUAUGAGAUGACUAAAGUUGUACCAAUGAUCUAUAUUUUUUAAGAAAAUAUAGUUAAGGGGAUAGAAUAUUGCGCUUUUCAGAACGUAUAUUGACUUUGGUAUAACUUGCUAAUUGGUGUAUUGUUUUGCAAAUAAAAAAGAGUUUAAUUAAUUAAUUACAAA